AUGCACGCCACCACCCUCGUCCGCGCCGCCGCGCGUACCCCCAUGAUCCAGUUCAUCGGCAAGCGCUCAUGGCCCACUGGUCCCCACACCCCGGCCCCGCACCCCGCCGCGCCCAAGGAGAUUGUCGAGGCCUUUGCUGCCUUCAUCGCAAAGUCCCAGGCCGCCCCCGCCGCCGGCAAGGCCGUGUCCACUGCCGGCUACAUUCCCCUGUACAAGGCCUCGGCCAAGCAGGCCGACUUUGAGGACUGGGAGGCGCCGUCGUAUCUCUGGCAGAGGCCCGAGAUGACCGAGCGUGAGAUGGAGGCUGUUAUGUCUGGUGGCGCCACCGACAUCCGGACAGGCCCUUAA